GUUAUUAUGAAGUAUUGGCAAAGGCAUUCGUCCGCCUUGUUGGCCAUCGUCCUGCAAGUGCUAUGCUUACUGCUACCUGAUCCUGGAAUGGCAAUGAGUAUGGAUCAGUUCAUGAGCUCGCUGGACAUGAUGCGAAAUGGGUGUGCACCCAAGUUCAAAGUUAGUGUUGAAGACCUCGAUCGCCUGCGCAUAGGUGAUUUUAAUUUUGAGGCAUCACACGAUAUUAUGUGCUAUACAAAAUGUAUAUCCCUAAUGGCCGGUACAGUUAAUAAAAGAGGAGAGUUCAAUGCCGCAAAGGCGCUGGCACAGCUUCCCUAUCUGGUUCCGACGGAGAUGAUGGAUAUGUCAAAGCGAUCAGUGGAGGCCUGCAGGGAUGCGCAUAAAGCAUUUAAGGAGCCCUGCGAAAGGGUUUACGAAACAGUCAAGUGCCUGGCCGCCAAUGGAGAAGGAUUAUUCAGAUGGCCUUAGGUUAAUAGAACUAGGUUGUGCAAAAGAGGAUUUUAAGAAGCCAUGGGAAUGGCAUCUUGACAACAUUAAGGUGUCUUAAA